CGCAACCUGAACAAUGCGGAUCAUGGUGUUGAGUUCAGAUUAAUUGUGUGGCAUCUCUGGAAACGGAGAAAUGAGGAAUGUUUGGAUGGAAAGAUUUUUGUGGAGAAAUCCCUUGUUUGCAGGAUUGAAGCAUGGUUCAGGAUCUACAUGAUGGCUCAACAGAAUGUGGAGAAGAGUUUGCUCCACCAGUUGAGAGAAGAGAAGAGCAGAUCGGUUGGAAUCCUCCACCUCAGGGAUGGGUACAAAUCCAGACAGAUGGUUUUGUCCUCUCUCCCUCAGGAAAAGCAGCAGCUGGAGGCCUAAUUCGGGACUGCUUGGGAAGAUGCUCCGCGGCCUUUGCCAACAACCUAGGGAACUGCUCGAUUACUGCAGCGGAGCUUAAAGGAGCAGUGGCAGGUCUUCAAAUGGCCUGGGACAAAGGCUAUCGUAAAGUCCAUCUCAAUCUUGACUCCUCUACUGCAAUGUCAAUCAUCAGGAAUUGCUCGGAUGAUGAUCACAGACAUGGCCUUCUUGUGCAACAUGUCUGUAAUGUUUUGAAUCGUGACUGGGAUGUUGUUAUCUCACACGUGUAUAGGGAAGGAAAUAGAGCGGCCGACUAUCUUGCUAGUCUUGGCCAUAGCCUACCUUUUGGAACACACCAUGUUGAUGUGUGUAGCCCUGAGCUUUGUAGGUGGUUAGAGUACGAUGUUAUGGGAAUUUCCCAAGCACGGUUUAUUAAUAUAUGAUCUGAGGCGCUUUUAGCGUCUGCCUUCUUACCCAAAAAAAAGAAAUAUAUAUUAUAGCAAUAAGUAAAAUAAAAACAGUUCAUGUUUCCAACUUUUUAAAUUUUGCUUAAGUUAUCGUCUAUAUUUUCUCUCUUUAGAUCUGGCCCUGCUAUAACUAUUAAACCAACCACAGGGGCGGAGAAAAGUGCGAAAGAAGGAGGAAAUGGGGUGGCCUCGUAGUGGGGUGGGGUGGGGGGAGGGUUUCUGGGUCACAAAUGAUAAAGGGAGGAGGAGGAGGAGGGAGGGACGGAGGAGAGAGGACGGGGGGCAGCUAUUUUGUUUCUUGUUUUAUUUUGAGUAUUUUGGGGAGAACUAAUGUAAGAUUGAUUUUUAAACCUUUUUGUGUAGGGGGAGGGUUGCUGGGUCACAAACGACAAAGGGAGGAGGAAGAGGGAGGGGCGGAGGAGAGAGGGCGGGGAGCAGCUAGCGCUAGCGCUGCUUCUUUUAUUUUUAUUUUUUUUCGUUUUACUUUUUGUUUUUUGUUUUAUUUUGAGUAUUUUUGGGAGAACUAAUGUAAGAUUGAUUUUUAAACCUUUUCGAGUAGGGGGAGGGUUUCUGGGUCACAAACGACAAAGGGAGGAGGAGGAGGAGGGAGGGGCGGAGGAGAGAGGGUGGGGAGCAGCUAGCGCUGCUUCUUUUAUUUUUAUUUUUUUCCGUUUACUUUUUUUUUAGUAUUUUGGGGAGAACUAAUGUAAGAUUGAUUUUUAAACCUUUUUAAGUAGCACUUAAUAUUCAAGCAAAAUUUCUCUUUUUAUAGAGCAAUAUAUGACUGUCCAAAAGCCAUUGUGUUUGGAUAUGAACAACUCUCGAUAUUAAUACAUAUAUUAGGGUCGGCGUUGUUUUUAAGUUUCAAGUUCAAUUAGUUGUUUUUUGUUUGAUUGACAUAUAAGGAAUCGUAUAAAUUGAACUUGCAGUCUACAUCAAACAAAUCGAGUUGUUGCAUAUAGGGGUAGUUCACAAAUUGAAGCUUGAUAAGAUAGCGCCUAGCAAAAAAAAAAUCAAAAACGAAAAUGAGCUAGCUAGUGUUUGAAGGCCAAAAGAGAACUGCAGGUUAAGGGGGUUGUUGAAAGAAAGUACAUUUUAUUCCCUCUUUUAAACAAUGUGCUCUACUUCAUUUACAUUAUCCUCACUCCCUUCACAAAAGAGCGCAAGACAUUGGAGAGGGGAUGAAAAAAUUGAAGUGAGUGGAAAUUUGAGCAUAGUGAAAUAAUAAGGGAAAAAUGGUAUUCAAUUUUGAAGAGGAAAAUGAGAAGAAAAGAAGGGAAAAUGAGAUUCAAUAAGAAACAAUAGUCGUUUUCACCUCAAAUUGAAGGAGCAACUGCUACAAUAGUUUUCCCCCUCAAAUAAUCACUCACUUGUAUCGUAGCAAAGCUUAUAAAAAAAAAUCUAAAUAUCUCCAUUUCCCUCAAUUUUUUCUCCAGCUUCUAUUUUCUCUCUUUUGUGAACAAAGGGAUAAUGUUUCUCCCGCCCCAUGCCCCCAUUAAUUGCCAUUGACUAGAGAAGCGGUUCAACAAAGUGGAUGUAAAUAAAUGAACAAAUUUGUG